AUGGAAUCGGAUACACUGCCUAGUACACGGCCGUCAUCUUCUCUGCCUCAACAAGGAUGGUCCCGACUAUUUUCCCCAAACGCGUCUCCAGCCGUGUCCACUACAGGCACCUCACAUCAGCCUAAUCGGCGCCGCGAGUCCGUCGCUGAAGACACCGCCGCAGCAUAUCGUACCACCGCUAUGCGCCAGAUCAACGGUUCCCCGAGAUCUGCACCCCGUCCUGUCCGUGACAAUACCUCUGGAAGGCGCUCGUCGACACUGGCUACGCGCCCCGUGCUUGUCAGGGCGUAUUCGGGAGAUGCGCAGGAUAGAUCUACCUCUACCCGACCGUCUACUAUGUCCGCACGUCGGUUCCUCUCAUUCUCUAGCUCGAGGACCUCGGCGCCUUCUCGUCCGUCACAGUCCAAUGUCAUGUUCCCUACAGAUAAGGAUUUCAGUAUCGAGAGUAUACUCCAGGCCAUCGAGCCUGAUAUCCGAGGAACUCUAGACUCCAUUGCUGAGAUCUGUGGGCGGAGCAAGCUGAGUCUCUCCAAUGAGUAUGGAAGUCACAUCGCGCCGUUGGGUGAGAUUUGUGCUCCGUCAGGUGCGCUAGGAUCUGUCGAGGAGGCCGGGCCUAACGAGGAACGACGUGUCGAUGACAGUAAUGCGGUCAUCAUUGAGGAUGAAGCUAGCCCGAUUGAUCUGGCCCGUGAUAUGCAUCCGUUCUCGUUUCAUCGGUAUCUAGAAAAUCUGAGGCAUACGGCGUCUAUGUUAGAACAGAAUGGUGCAUCCGGCCAGGCAACUCAGAGACAACCCCACUCUCCACUGUCCCCUGCCAUGGCCUCCGAGGUGGAAACUGUCUUGGCCAUUGCGCCGGAGAACAUAGCUUCCACGCCUUUCACACGCGAAUUCACAUCGAGACCCAAGCAUAGCGGUCGUGAUCUGCUUGCAAAGAAUGCUACUGCUGGCAGUGGCAAACAGAAUUCAUUUCAAAUGGCCACUCCAGCUGUAGUGUCGGAGGUUCAUCUACAAGUGAUUGCAAAUGAUGGGUCCUCCACUGAACCCAAUAUCUUCCCACAGCCUUCUCUGGCAGGUGAUGGGUUACCUGAAGCCGGAAGCUCGGGUCUGGAAAUUAUACAAUCCCUCCUUGGCUGGCUGAAGUGGACUGCAAGUAUCGCUGGGCCGGAAUCUAGUCCUGCUUUGGAGUCUGCGGAGGGUCGGCUACGAGCUAUGCUUGAUCGUUCGGGGAAUGAGGCUGUGCCCUCAACUGUGGGUUGA